AUGCACGUAAAUCGGAAAGGGCUUUAUGGACAUGUGUUUGCCAAGAGUGGCGAUAUUACUAUGUUGGUGAGCUCUGUGUUUGGCUUCCCAGACUACGAAAGCCUUUUGACGUUGAACAGCAAUGGCACCGCCCGCUUCUAUGCGGGCAUGGUGAGCAAAGAGCUUGGUGCGUGGUCGGUGAUCGAAGGUGAUCCAAAUGAAGGCGAGGAUCCGAGCGAUUUAUAUCUGGAAUGGACCCAGCCCCUCACCGACGCUUACAAGGAAGCCUUUACUGUGCCAGGUGGCACUGCCUUCUGGCGAGGGAAGCUGAACUUCCGGACUACCAAAUCCAAGAAGCAGAAGGUCUUUGUGGAGGGUGGCAUCAUUGCUUCUUGGCUUCCUUGUCAAAGGCCUGAAGGCACGAAGUUGGUGCGUGAAGGCAUUUUCUCUGCACAAACCGCCAGUGCCAAUAUGAUUGAGGAGACCCAACGCAAGGCCCGCGAGGCCUUUGCACGAGCCGUCACCACACCGAAGGCUGAGACCAGCGGCUUCAAGACUCCUGCGAGGAUCGCUGGCGCGGGUGGCACGCGCGUGAAGAAGGCCCUGCCUGGCACCUCCAUCGGUGGGAAGUUGGACAAGGGCGACCUGGACUUGCUGGAGGAUGGCCAGGGGAAGACGUGA